AUGGCAGCGCUGGCCACUGGAUGGUAUACCCAAGACCGAAGCUUGUGCUCGAAAAACAUCCAAGUUUUAGCUCCAAACGGACGGACUGCGGUCGCUAGAAUGGUGGCUGAAUGCUACUCCCCAGGCGCGUGUCUCAGGGAUCAUUCGUUCACGGAGCCCUGUGCUCCAAACGCUGUGGCUGCGAACGAGCAAGUGUGGAGGCAGCUUGGGUAUGAUCCAGGCAUUGGAAUCUUGAGAAAUAUCACCUGGAAUGUCAUUGAUAGUAAUCUUCCACAAUCCAUUCGAAGCAAAAAGAAUUAUCAGGGAGUGAUCUCUGGGGUAGCAAGCGCUGUGGCCGGGGUGGUGCUUAGCGUCGUAAUCUUCGUAGCAACCAGGAAGUGGAGAAGAUCUCGGAGGAGGCGCAUGGAAAAGCAAGCGCUCAUCGAAGGAAUGAGGCUCGAUGAGAUACUUCCGCACCAGUUUAGCUAUCACGACUUGAAGAUGGCAACUAGAAACUUUGAUCCCGAGCUCACGCUUGGAGCUGGAGGAUUUGGAUCCGUCUUCAAAGGAGAGCUUGCGGAUGGGAGCCUCGUUGCUGUGAAGAAGAUGGACGUAGAAAUCCAAGGCUCGUCGAAAGGACACUCGCAGUUCAAGGCCGAGGUAAUGUCCAUUGGCAGCAUUCACCACUUCAACCUGGUAAAGCUCCGGGGAUUUUGCAUCCAGGGACCAGCUGCAUUGCUUGUCUACGAGUUCAUACCCAAUGGAUCACUGGACAAGUGGAUCUUCAUCAAGAACGAUGAUGACAAAGGUGGCGGAUCAGCAAACCUGAUGUUGAACUGGACCAGAGACACUCAAUACCUCCAUGAAGGAUGCCGGGAGCAAGUUCUUCACCUGGAUAUCAAACCUCAAAACAUCCUCCUGGACGAGAACUUACGAGCCAGAAUCUCCGACUUUGGCCUGAGCAAGCUUGCCGAGCGGGGAAAGAGGCAAGUGGUGACUGUCAUGCGAGGAACUCCCGGAUACAUGGCACCCGAGUGGCUCCACACCAAAGUCACGGAUAAGACCGACGUUUACAGCUUUGGAAUCGUGCUGCUCGAGCUCUGCAACGUCGUCGAGCUUAUUGACGACAAGCUCCUGGACAAUGAUCUCGACAGCACUAGCAGUGGCUUAGAGCUCAAGGAUGUCGAGAGAGGGGAGUCACCUUCUUCCAAGUUUUUCUCUCUACUUCUAGCCAGCGGGAACGAGGAAGCAUACCGGAGACAAUAUACAUUUCAAAGAAUCAAGGGUCUUCGUCUGCACCACCAUCAGCCUCACAAAAUCUGA